GAAUCUUUUGAUCAAAUUCCAUACAAUUGUAGAAGGCGGCAGAAAACUAACUACCCACACAUACGCACAACACACGCACACACUCACACAUACUGAUUGAAAUUCAAUCAAGCUAAAGCUUUUGUGUGGAAUCGACGACGACGACGACGGCAAGAAUAUUUUUUAAAUUCUGCAAAUUCCGAACCUUGAAACUAAAUGACGCCUGUGUCUAUAACAAAUUUUUCACAUACCACAACGCUGGACCCAAGACGACGGUUCAAAAUUAUUAGCCAACCAUUUGUAGACUUGCAAAUUUAGAAGCCCAAGAAGGAAAUAGAAAGAAGCCAGCCCAAAAAGCAACAGGAGAGAAGCCAGAGAGGAAAGGAAAAGGAAUUUAGGCUCAGCACAAACGAAGGAAAGCUAGUGAAUCUACAUCAAAAGCACAAUCCUUCUACAGGCGCACAACAGCAGCAACAACAACAACAAGAACAACAACAAUAAGCAACACAGAGUUGAGAGCGACGUGUUGUGUGUGCAACAAUUUUUUCAAGAGCGCCAAAGGAUUCAUUAAAAAACCGCCAACCUGGAACUAAUGGAAUUAGAGAAUAUUGUGGCCAAUACGGUCUACUUGAAAGCAAGAGAAGGCGGUUCCGACAGCAACAAAGGAAAAAGUAAAAAAUGGCGAAAAAUAUUACAAUUUCCACACAUAUCGCAGUGCAUCAAUCUGAAAGACAAAUUAGAUAUAAGCUAUGGAUACGUGAUAGAUCAGCAGCCCAUUGGUCGUGAGCUCUUUCGUCAGUUCUGCGAGAACAAAAGGCCGAUUUAUUUUCGCUACAUUAGUUUUCUAGAUCAGGUGGUGAAAUAUGAAAUCGAGUAUAUUGUGAAUCGGAUAUUCAUUGGCCAUGACAUUGGACGUCGCUUUCUGGACAUUGAGCCACAGUUGGAGCUGCGCAACGGCGGCGGUGAUGGCGGGGGAGGAGGAGGCGAUGCACUGGAUGCGGAGACACAGGAGGAGCUGCGGCUUAAAAGUAGCAAUGCCAAUCCAAAUCCAACUGAAACUGCUGAGACUGAACACUGCAACAAAACCACCGCCAAUAAAUUGAACAACAUUAACAACAGCCACAAUAAUCAUGAGAAAAUUGUUGAUACAAGGCAUUACAACGGUGACGAUGCAACUGGAAAUGGUAAUGGCAACGGCAACGGCAAUGGCAAUGGUGACGGCGAUGGCGAUGGCGAAGGUGACGACGAGGGCGUUGAAUGCGAGGGCAGCCACAAUGAUGAGGGAGGCACAGCAUCCAAGAAAGGCGAGGGCACUGCCGGAUCUGGGGAUGAACUCGUUUUGGAUGUGCUGAACGAUGAUCUCAUUGCGCAAGUGCGUAGCAAACUAAACAGCGGCGGCAAGGAUAUCUUUGCCCAGUGUAUGAAUGCAGUGAAAGCAUUUCUGGCCGGUGAACCAUUCAGGGAGUUUGAAAAUUCCAUGUACUUUUAUCGUUAUUUGCAGUGGAAGUGGCUGGAGGCACAGCCAAUCACAUACAAAACGUUUCGCAUGUAUCGUGUUCUGGGCAAAGGAGGCUUUGGCGAAGUUUGCGCCUGUCAGGUUCGUGCCACGGGUAAAAUGUACGCGUGCAAGAAACUGGAGAAAAAACGCAUCAAGAAACGCAAGGGCGAAUCGAUGGUCCUUAUCGAGAAGCAGAUUUUGCAAAAAAUCAACUCGCCAUUCGUGGUCAAUCUGGCCUACGCCUACGAGACAAAAGAUGCCCUCUGCCUGGUGCUGACCAUAAUGAAUGGCGGCGAUUUAAAAUUUCACAUUUACAAUAUGGGCGGAGAGCCUGGAUUUGAAUUGGAACGGGCACGUUUCUAUGCCGCCGAAGUGGCUUGUGGGCUGCAGCAUCUGCAUAAGCAGGGAAUUGUUUAUAGGGAUUGCAAGCCGGAGAACAUCCUCUUGGAUGAUCAUGGUCAUGUGCGAAUAUCCGAUUUGGGUUUAGCUGUAGAGAUACCCGAAGGUGAAAUGGUACGAGGACGAGUGGGCACUGUGGGCUACAUGGCACCCGAGGUUAUCGACAAUGAGAAGUAUGCAUUUUCCCCCGAUUGGUUUAGUUUCGGUUGCCUGUUAUACGAAAUGAUUGAGGGUCAGGCACCAUUUCGGAUGCGCAAGGAGAAGGUUAAGCGCGAGGAAGUUGAUAGGCGUGUUAAGGAGGAUCCCGAAAAGUAUUCAAGCAAGUUUAGUGAUGAAGCCAAAUCAAUGUGCCAACAGCUGUUAGCUAAGUCUAUAAAACAACGUUUGGGUUGCCGCAAUGGACGCAUGGGAGCUCAGGAUGUGAUGGCACAUCCAUUUUUCCAUUCUACCCAGCUGAAUUGGCGUCGCUUAGAGGCCGGUAUGCUAGAGCCGCCCUUUGUGCCAGACCCACAUGCCGUAUAUGCCAAAGAUGUGCUCGAUAUUGAACAGUUCUCCACAGUCAAAGGCGUCAAUAUCGAUGAAUCCGACACCAAUUUCUAUACGAAAUUCAAUACUGGUUCUGUGUCCAUUUCAUGGCAGAAUGAAAUGAUGGAAACUGAAUGUUUUCGCGAACUAAAUGUCUUCGGUUCCGAAGAAUGCCCAACGCCAGAUUUGCAGAUCAAUGCAGUACCAGAGCCGGACAAGGCGGGUUGUUUCCCCUUCAGGCGGAAGAAGAAGCAACCAGCUCGCACACAGCCCAUACCCAUUCCUGAGCAUUUGCUAACCACUAGUCACAGCGUGUCCUCAACGACGGUCGAGAGCUGAUAGCAUAGGAUGAAGAAAGUGAAUAAGCCACAACCAGAUUAUGACGCGAACAAUGAAGAUGACGACGAAGACGACGACGCAGCUCCUAUCCUAGAUACAUAGCACAAAUUGAGCUCCAUUCGCCGCACAAUUAUCCAAAUGUAAUGGGGGGUAUUCAAUAUAACAUUCAACAACAACAAACAACCCAAGGAGGAGAGCCCAUAAUGGGUUCUCAAUUUUCAGAGAAUUGUAUUUUGUACUGAUUGAUUGAUUUCAACGAUAACUACGUACAUAUACAUAUAUAUAUAUAUAUA